CCAAUCAGAAACAAGUUCACAUUGAUAGUCAGUUUACUCAGCCAAGGGACUGGGUUCUAAAGCCACCAUCUUGUUUUUUUUUGCACAUGUUGAAAGUUUAAAAAAAGUUUUGCUCAAAAUGUUCCAGAUAUCUCGACAAUUAUUAGGUAUUCAGCCUCUAACAAGACUAUGUGCAAGAUCUAUGGGCAAAAUGGACCAAUUUAAGUGGAAACCGAGCAAGAAAAAGCCCAAUAGGAAGCCAAAAUUCUCUGUCAUCUUGAAGGAACCGAUUGAAGGUCUGGGGAAUCGAGGUCAAAUGGUUGGUGUUGAACGUGGAUUUGCUCGAAAUUUUUUGAUUCCUCAAGGUAAAGCGGCAUAUCCAACYAAAGAAAAUAUCCAAAAGUACCUGGUUUCAUCUGAAGAAGCCUCAGAKAUUGAUCCUGAAGCUCAAGUUUCAAGCCGUUUUCUACGAUUUUUGAAGCAUUUGAGAUUGAAAGUAGAAAGAAAGGAUGGAACAGAGUUCAGUAUUGAUGAUCACCAGAUUUCUUUAGAGUACGAAAGACAACAUCAACUAGUUGUACCGCCACAUUGUAUUGAUUUAAGUGAGCCCAUGACAUCAUUCGGGGAUUAUACUGUUAAYAUUGCUGUUAGAGACAAUGUAAACAUUCCUAUGAAAAUUCGUGUUGAGGUGUGGAAACCUCGCAUAGCGAAACGAUGGAAGGAUGUUCUAAACCGCGACGAACAAGGGCUUGGAAAASAAUGAUUGUACUUGACUUUGGUAAUAAAUAAUAUUUGAGACAAACA